AUGUUCGAAUACUGUAAGUUAGUUUAGACACUCCGGGCUUCUUUGGGUGAUUGGGUUUUAACCGAAAUCCGAAGGAUUUUAGGUGAAAAUAAGGGUUUUUACCUAAAAUUCGUUAUUUAGUGAAAUUCUAGAAUUUUUGGUGAGAAGAGUGGAAUUUUAGUUGAAAGCUGACUCUAUGAGAUUGAAAUAGUAUUUUUUGUUGUUGUCAUUUUCUUAUCGGCAAACCAAUUUUCUGUGAAAAGGAUUUCUAAAAUUAAAAAUCUCUGAAAAUGUUUCUGGAUUUUUCCAGCGAAAUCUCUUCGGGAAAAGCCGAAAUUCGAAUUUUCUUGAAACUCCUGUGUUUUCCUUAUAAUCGUGUUCAGACCGAAAUAUUCUUCAUUUUCUUCAGAAAAUCUCUCACAUUUUCCACAAAAGGCCUAAAUUUCUGUCUAAUUUUCAAGUGCUCUAUCCCCUUUUCCUAGCAUUUCUUCUUCCUUUUCUCCCGAGCUCCUCCCUUUUUCCCAUCAAACUUUUCAAACAUUUAACGCGUUGCGUGCAUGCGUCGCGGUCAUCCCAAUUCUCAGGCAAACGGGCCGACUAAUCGGCGACCAACUGGCGAUAAAUCGCCUGUCAACUAGUAGUUGGUCGCACAUUAGUCGGCGAUUAAUCGGCCUACAUAUAAAUGAGCAGAAAAGUUGGUCGGCCGACAAAAAAAGUUGGUCGGCGAUUAGUCGGCCCACAAAAAGUUAGUCGGCGAUUAGUCGCCCCAGGAGAAGUUGGUCAACGAUUAGUCGCUCCACGUAAAGUUAGUCACCGAUUAGUCGGCUCGUUUGCCUGAGAAGCUUUUUUUGAAUUUCCCAUUUUUUCCAUGUUUCUAUGUAUUUAUUUUAUUUAUUUAAAUUUAAAAAUCUUGAAUUUUUCAGCCAAUAAUAUGAAACGCGAGCACGAUAAUGAUGAUGGCGGCCAGAAUAGGCAUAAAAGACCGCGAGCCGAUGGUUUUAUGGAGGCUUUGAAUAAUGGGAAAUUCGAAUUGCGACUUUUGGUUAGCACAAAAUCCGCCGGAGCGAUCAUUGGUAAAGGCGGUGAAAAUAUCAAACGACUUCGUUCAGAGGUAAUUUUUUGCUUCUCUUUUUUCUCAAUAAUUGGGAGCAUAUCAAUUGUCCUCUCACCGAUUUUUCUGAUUUUCCACAAUUUUUCAGUUCGACGCCCAUGUCCAAGUCCCCGAUUCCAACUCCCCAGACCGGUAAAUAUUCUUUGUUCCUUCCUUUGCCUCCUUCUCCACCAAUUCCACUUAGGAGAUCCCAUAAUCCCUAUCCUCUUCUCUGGCCCAGGUAAAUUCAGAUUGUAAGCCCUUAAAUUGAUUUCAGCAUUGUUACUAUCGUUGCGCCGGAUUCUGUGGUAUUGAAUGUUGUUAGAGAUAUUAUUCCACGUCUCGAGGAGGUAAAUUUGGAAGAAAAACAACACAACAAGGAAAGAAAAUUCAUUCGCGAUUUUUUAUGAAAUAUUUUAUUUUAGUAGAUUUUAAUGAGCUGUCGAAAACUGCGUAGCUCAACUUUUAAUAUGAGUUAUGACCUCGGUCAGAAAACGGCGGGGUCGCUACCAAUCGGGGCGGAGUCGCUACACGUUUCGGGGAACAAAAAACGUGUAGCGACUCCGCCCCGAUCGGUAGCGACCCCGCCGUUUUCUGACCGAGACGUGGAAAUGUUGGUGAUUUUGUGAAAAUCUGGUAGCAUGGAAUUGUUCAGGAAAGUAGACUCAAAAAUGUAUUUAUCGACCGUUCUGAACGAUAUUUUGUUGCUAGAUUUUCUAUGCGCAAACUUUUUUCACAUCAUAACUCAUUUUCAAAGUUGAAUUGAACAGUUUCUGACAAUUAAAUCAUGAUUAGCUUGUCAAAAUGUACGGAAAAAUAUAUUUCAUCAAAAAUCUUGAAUCUAAACAGAUCCAUAAGGUGUCUUACCCCCUAAUUUUCCCAAUUUCAGGCUCCAAAUGACCGAGAUCCUUGCGAAUUACGUAUUCUCAUUCAUCAAUCGCAUGCUGGUGGUCUUAUCGGAAGAAGUGGUAGUAAAAUCAAAGAGUUGCGCGAGAAAUGCAGUGCUCGUCUUAAGAUUUUCUCAAUGUGUUGUCCGAAUUCAACGGAUCGUGUUUUGUCGACGUGCGGAGAGUCGGAAAAUGUGUUGAAGAUUGUUGAUUGUGUUAUUCAGGAGUUGAAGGAGAUUCCUAUUAAGGUAUGCGGUUGGAAACUUAAAAUAUAGAUUUAAAAAAACAUUCCUUCCAGGGAAACUCAACUCCUUAUUCUCCAUUCAACUACGAUCCAAUUCGUUCUCAUGAAUACGGUGGCUACGGUGGAAACACUCACGGUGGACCAGGCGGCGGAAUGCCAGGCGGACCACCCUCACAUCCACCUCGUCGCGGACCAGGCCCAGCUGGCGACUACGGUGGUCCCGGCGGUUAUCGUCCCCCACCUCCCCCACCCAACAACAAUUAUCCACCAAUGCACGGCGGCGCCGGUUUCGGACCACCGCCUCCGCCAUCGCAAGGAGGCGCAAAUGGUGGAGGAUAUAGUGGAAGCGGGGCUCCGAAUUCGAAUUAUGGAUAUGGACCUGGUGGAGCUGGAGCUGGUUCUGGUGGACCUGUUACAACUGCUCAAGUUACAAUUCCAUCCGAUUUGGGAGGAACUAUAAUUGGAAGAGGUGGUGAGAGAAUUGCGAGAAUUCGACAGGAUUCGGGAGCUCAAAUUACGCUGGAACAAGCGACUGGACAACCUGAAAGAAUUAUAACGAUUACUGGAACUGAACAACAAAUUCAUACUGCUCAAUAUUUAUUGCAACAAUGGUAAGGAUUUCAUUUUUUCGAAGAAAUUCAAAAUUAUUUUUAACAUGUUUUUUGCUUUUAAAAAGCUCCCGAGUUUUUUAAUGAAAUUUUCAAGAAAAUAUUCAUUCAAAAAUUUCCAAAACUGAGAAAAACUUCAAAUUUUUGUCAAAAACGACUGGAAUUUAAUUUUCAAAGAAUUUUGAGCAUAAUGAGUAUUUUUUUCUCAAAAAAUGAUCAAAGUUGUUUUCUGAAAAUCGAAGUGCGAUACUUUUCAAGAUGGCCUUCAAAUAAAAUCUUGAAAACACUUUUGACUUCGAAAAUUAAUUUUUCUUCCCUUGAAAAAAGGCGAAAAUUCCCAAUUCGAUAACCAAAUUAAUUGUUUUUUGAGUUGAUUUGGACAAAAAUACUGGGAAUAAUUGAUCAUUUUCAUCUUAAAAAUUAUUUGUUUUUCAGCGUUCGCAAUUCUCAACAAGGACGUGAACGUUUUGGUGGAUCGCAUCAUUAA